AUAGAGAGAAUUUGAAGCUAUCCGCUGGGCCGGAGCGCCACUUCUCCCGUGUACUAGCUGUCUAUGUAACAAUUCACACCUUGAUUCACGCCUUUCUCGCCUUACUUAUACCAUAGCCUCCUCCCCCUUCUUUGAGUAAUCUGGCAUACCUAUUCUUGCGGCGUAGCGUCCUCAGCUUAAACUCAUAUAUACGAGUUGCUCGACGUCCAAUACUCACGCCUGCUUUACACCAUUGUUUGCACAUCCACUCUCAGAGCCUAUCCCCAAGGUCGAUCUCGAUGGUGAAACCGAUUGACUACCAUGUCAUAUCUCGAACUGUAUACGAUCUGGCAUCAUCUGAUGAUCCUCUGGCACCGUUGCUAAAAGAAUCGCUCGACGUUAUCGAGGACGCUUUGGAUUCGUUCGGGCAGGAUCAUAUUGCGCUGAGCUUCAAUGGCGGUAAAGAUUGUACCGUACUACUACAUAUCUAUGCCGCAGUGCUUGGGCAUAGAAUAACCGCUUCAGAAGAGCUCAAGCCAGUCAAAGCACUACACAUUCCAGUCCCCUCCCCUUUUCUUGAACUUGAGUCGUUCAUAGAAGAGGCGGCGCAGAUAUAUAACCUUGAUAUUUUUCACUGCAUACCCCCGACCCUUCCGGUAGAAAGCAUCCCCCAGCCCACCACUCCUGGUGCGCGCACUGUCGACUCCAACGGUGAAUCGUUUAUUCCGACACGGGCGAAAGGUGGGGAGGGCAUGAGAGGGGCGUUGGAGCUUUACAAAGCCAAGUUCCCACAAAUAGAGGCUAUCUUGAUGGGGACUCGUCGCUCGGAUCCACAUGGAUCGAAGUUGACAUUCAGAAAUCCGACGGAUUCAGGAUGGCCCGCUUUUGAACGGAUUAAUCCAAUUAUCAACUGGGCAUAUGGAGACAUUUGGGCUUUCCUUCGUAAACUCAAAGUUCCUUACUGUAAAUUAUACGACGAAGGGUACACGUCGCUGGGCUCCACAUACAAUACAUUUCGCAACCCCGCAUUGCGCAUACAACCAUUUUGUCAUACCGAUAGCUACUUACCUACAGAAACAACCUCCGAUACACCAUCGGACGUACCCACUGUGGAUCACACCCUUACAAACGGCCUGUCAUCGUUGUCAGUGAGAGACCUGGAUGAGAUCCCGACCAUUCCCUCGGAUCUUAUCAUGCUCUCGACCGAUUCGGACGAAAUAUGCGAGGGGGAAGGAGGAUUUUGUACGCUUGUGAGAAAGAAAAAGCAGGAGGAAAUCCUCCCAGAGCCUGAAGAGGCCAAGCAUGCGGAUGAAGAGCGGUAUAGACCGGCGUAUGAACUGCAGGAUGGCAGUCUAGAAAGAGCAGGGAGAGCACUGAGUGUUGGUUUGACGAGUAAUGUCCCUUCAUGAUUACGAUUCCAGGAUGAAGAUGUAUUGUUAUGAAAGGACCUCUUAACCUAUUUCUUCGCGGCUCUGUAUGGGUAUCGCUAUAUCCCGCUUUUUGUAUACGUCUCGAUAGAGCUUAAGCUGGCGUUCGUCGCAUAACUGCUCGUGCUGCAAUCGGGACCCACGAACUGAAAAACAA